GGAACGUUAUGCUGGACGGUGCAACCGACUGAGUCAACAUUUCCUGUUUACCUCAGGCACUGUCACAGUAAAAUACCCUGUUUUUGAUGCUAGGAAGUGAAUGCUUUUAUUAUAGCAUUGUUACAUAAAGACCAAAAUGAUUCCAUAUACUGUAAAUAUUAAACUUGCAGCGCGGACACUGACUGGAACCGUCCAUUUACAGAACAAAACAGCAGUUGAUUGGGGGUGGCAGGGACUGAUUGCCCAGGGAUGUCACUCCAGCAUCCUCAUUGUUGACCCAAAAACCUCCCAGACCAUUCAAGUCCUGGAGAGGCACAAAGCCAAUGUUGUCAAGGUGAAAUGGUCCAGGGAGAACUAUCACCACAGUCUGAGUUCGCCCUACUCCCUGCGGCUGGCCUCAGCUGAUGCUGCUGGGAAGAUCAUAGUGUGGGACGUGGUGAGCGGCACGGCCCACUGUGAGAUCCAGGAACACACCAAACCCAUCCAGGAUAUGGACUGGCUGUGGGCUCAGGAUGCCUCUCGGGACCUGCUGUUGGCCGUCCACCCCCCCAACUACAUAGUGCUGUGGAACGGAGACACUGGCACCAAGCUGUGGAAGAAGAGCUAUGCUGAGAAUAUUCUCUCCUUUUCCUUCGAUCCCUUCGACCCAUCCAACCUGGCCUUGUUGACCAGUGAGGGCAUCGUCUUCAUCACAGACUUCUCCCACUCCAAGCCCCCUGGGAGUGCGGGCAAGAAGGUCUACAUCGCCAGCCCCCAUGCCAGCCCAGCUCACACCAAACCCGUCGCUGCUGCCCCUGCACCUACCGGCGCCAAGAAGGCCCUGAACAAAGUCAAAGUGCUCAUCACCAAUGAGAAGCCCAGUGCUGAGGCAGUGACCCUGAAUGACUGCCUGCAGCUGUCCUACUUGCCCUCCAAGAGGAACCACAUGCUGCUGCUCUACCCCCGAGAGAUCCUCAUCCUGGACCUGGAGCUCAGCCAGACCGUAGGAGUGGUGGCCAUCGAGCGCUCUGGUGUCCCCUUCAUACAGGCGGUCCCCUGUGCUCAGAGAGACGCUCUCUACUGCCUCCAUGAGAAUGGCUGCAUCACUCUGCGGGUGUGUCGCUCCACAGCGCCCUCUCCAGACGAGGCAGGGCAGAACACAGACCCAGAGCAGAGUGCUCAGGAGCUGGUGUAUGACCUGCGCUCUCAGUGCGACGCCAUCCGGGUCACUAAGACGGUGCGACCGUACCGCAUUGUCAUCUGCCCCAUCAACGAGAACCGCGCCGCCCUGGUGGUCAGCGAUGGCAGGGUCAUGCUAUGGGAGCUGAAGGCGCACCCACUCAAGUCCUCCGCCAACCCCAGCUCUGGGCUGUCCCCUCUCUACUCCCCGGUGGCCUUCUGUGGGACUCCAUUGGCUCCGAACCAGAAGCACAUUUCAGACCUCUCCCUCAACACCAUGAUUGGUCACAGCCUGCUCUCGGGCGUGGAGCCGGCUCGUCCGUCAGGGCAGCAGGAGGUGUCGCUCAAGUUCCAGCUGACUGGGCUCCUCUCGGGGCUGCCCCUGCCCCCCUUCGCCCUGCGCAUGUGCCCCCCGCUCACCACCAAAAACAUCAACCACUACCAGCCCCUCCUGGCUGUGGGCACAGGCAAUGGUUCCGUGCUCGUCUAUAACCUGACCAGCGGCCUACUCCACAAGGAGCUGAGCGUCCACUCGUGUGAAGUCAGAGGGAUUGAGUGGAUCAGUCUCACAAGUUUCCUGUCCUUUGCCACCUCAGCACCCAAUAACCUGGGCCUGGUGAGGAAUGAACUGCAGCAUGUUGACCUGCCAACAGGGAGGUGCUUUGCAUUCAGAGGAGACCGAGGAAAUGAUGAGCCGGCCAUAGAGAUGAUUAAAGUUUCUCAUCUGAAGCAAUACCUGGUGGUGGUGUUCAAGGACAAGCCUCUGGAGCUGUGGGAUGUGAGGACUGGAACCCUGCUGCGUGAGAUGGCCAAGAACUUCCCCACCGUCACAGCGCUGGAGUGGUCUCCGUCCCAUAACCUGAAGAGUCUGAAGAAGAAGCAGAUGGCGGCGCGGGAGGCCAUGGCUCGCCAGACGGUGUCGGAUGCCGAGCAGAGCAGCGUGGAGUCGUCCGUCAUCAGCAUGCUUCAGGACGCCGAGAGCAAGUCGGAGAUGGGUCAGUCCAUCUCGGCGCGGGAGCAUUUUGUGUUCACCGACACCGACGGCCAGGUCUACCACAUCACCGUGGAGGGCAACACCGUGAAGGAUGGCGCUCGCAUCCCCCCCGACGGGAGCAUGGGGAGCAUCGCCUGCAUCGCCUGGAAGGGAGACACCCUGGUGCUGGGAGACGUGGACGGCAACCUGAACUUCUGGGAUCUGAAGGCCCGUCUGUCCAGGGCGGUCCCCACACACCGUGGUUGGGUAAAGAAAAUCCGGUUCGCCCCAGGGAAAGGCAACCAGAAGCUGCUGGUCAUGUACACCGACGGAGCUGAAGUGUGGGACACCAAAGAGGUUCAGAUGGUGAGCAGCCUGCGCGUGGGCCGCAAUGUCAGCUACCGCAUCCUGGAUAUCGACUGGUGCACCUCGGACAAGGUGGUGCUGGCCUCUGAUGACGGCUGCAUCCGCGUGCUGGAGAUGGCCAUGAAGUCAGCCAGCUACAGGAUGGAUGAGCAGGACCUGACUGAUCCGGUGUGGUGUCCAUACCUGCUCCUGCCCCGUGCUGCCCUCACAUUGAAGGCCUUCCUGCUGCUGCAGCCCUGGUCUGGCACCUUCACCAUGGACAUCACACAAGUAGAUUACAACGAGAAGGACGAAAUCAAAGGCCUGAUUCAGGAGCAGCUCAACUCCCUGUCAAAUGACAUCAAAAGCGUCCUGCAGGACCCAGAGCUGAACUUACUGCAGCGCUGCCUUCUAGUUUCACGGCUCUUUGGCGACGAGUCGGACCUCCAGUUCUGGACGGUGGCGUCGCACUACCUCCAGUCGUUCUCCCAGGCACGGCAGCUGAGCGUGCCUGACGCCGACGGCCAGUCCAAGGCCGAGGGCUCCCCCGCCGGCCCCGCCACCCACCUGGACAUCUGCCACGACACCUUGUGCGAGAGCGCUUUCUUCCAGAGGUUCCAAUUAGAGCGGGUGCAUCUACAGGAAGUGAAGCGGUCCAGCUAUGAGCACACCAAGAAGUGUGCUGACCAGCUCCUCCUGCUGGGCCAGACCGACCGUGCCGUGCAGCUGCUGCUGGAGACGAGUGCAGACAACCCCAGCUACUACUGCGACUCCCUCAAGGCCUGCCUGGUCACCACCAUCACCUCCUCGGGGCCCUCACAGAGCACCAUCAAACUGGUGGCCACCAACAUGAUCGCCAACGGCAAGCUGGCAGAGGGUGUGCAGCUGCUGUGUCUGAUUGAUAAGGCGGUGGACGCCUGCCGCUACCUGCAGACAUAUGGCGAGUGGAACCGCGCCGCCUGGCUGGCCAAGGUGCGUCUGAACCCGGCGGAGAGCUCCGACGUGCUGAAGCGUUGGGCCGAGCACCUCUGCUCCCCUCAGGUCAACCAGAAGUCCAAGGCCAUCCUGGUGCUGCUGACCCUCGGCUGCUUCCACAAAGUGGGGGAGAUGCUGCUCAGCAUGCGGUACUUUGACCGGGCGGCCCUCUUUGUCGAGGCGUGUUUGAAGUACGGCGUGAUGGAGGCCAACGACACCACCAAUAAGCUGAUCGGCGCGGCGUUCUCGGAGUACGCGCGGCUGCUGCGCUCGGUGGGGAUGCGGGAGGGCGCGGCGCUCUGGGCCUCCAAGGCGGGCGGUGCCGGCGAGGAGCUGCUGGAGGAGCUCUUCCAGAAGGAGGCCACCGAGGCUGAGCCCGAGCGCGGCCCAGACGAGGAGCAGGGCGGCCUGCUGGUCAACAUCGAGUGAGACCAGACCACACCACACCCAGAGAGAGAGAGAGAGAAGAGAAGAGGAGAGACCCAGAGGAAGAGGGAGACCAGGAUGAUUGAGUCACUAAGUACAAGAGGGUGCAAUAAGAGAGUGGAAAGAACGGUCUCCUCUCUCCUUCUCUUCUUCUCCUGUCCACAGCACGUCUCCUGGGAGCUGGAGAGGUGACUGCGCAGUGGAAAACACCACAACCAGAGUGUCCUGUCUGUCUGUCUGUCUGUCUGUCUGUCUGUCUGUGUGUGUGUGUGUGUGUGUGUGUGUGUGGGCGGCGUGUAUGUUUGCAACCUGUGGCAGGUGCUCUCAGUCUGUAGAACUUUAAAUUAAAUGUUCUUCUCAUGGUCAGUCAGAUGUUCCCCAUAACAGUGCCCUGAGUUCUUAGCUGGUGUGACGGCCCUCCUCUGAUUCUGUGCUCCGCUCUUGUGUAAUUGACCUUCUCUCUUUAAGUACUGUAGUACACCUGUCUGUGCUGUUGAAGAAGUUCUCGGUAGCUUAUAGCCUAUAGACAGCAUAUUAGUCAAGACAAAAGCAUUGCCUGUCUAUAUACUGUAAAACAUUCCAAAAUGGCAUUAUUUUGCACUUUUACUUUGCACCAAAUGUUUUCUUUUUUGCCUUGUUUGUCUUGAAUAUCAAAAUUACAAAGCGCUGUACUAAAAAAAAAUGGAAAGCAUAAGUGACAGCAUCCUUAUCCACAUGAAUGGUGUUGGCUACAUCCUUGGAAAAGAUACGGAGAAACUCUGCUGCCAUCCAUAAUGUGCUUUCAGCAGACUGAUCUCCUCUACCCCCCACAGAGCACAAUGAGCGGCUGUGGUGUGACGCUCUGGGGUGUCUAAUUAAAGAUCACCAAAGGUACAAAUAAAUAUACCACAGAACCAGGGGUCGGUUAGUGUUGCGUUUAUUACAAAACCACAGGCAACUAGGCAGUGGUGUAGAAUAGAAAGGAAAUGCUGAGCUCCAUAAUCCUUUUGAAUUCUCUGGCCUGUUCGUACAUGCCUAUCAGGAUGGAGCUAUUAGCCUCUCAUCAUGCAUACUGGUGUGCCAUGUUGGGGAGUUCCUUCACAGAUUAGCCAGUGGAAUAACAGGUCUGCACCUUACCUGGCACACUCCCUGAGUAGGCUCUCCCAGUUACUGGCAUUCAGGAACAGACAGUGACAUGGGAUCAUGGUGUGUUUGAAUUACACAAAAACAUGGAAGCUAUUUCAGUUGGGGAAAAAAGGGGGGAAUUUGCGCUGGGUCCAUUAUGAAGGUGGGCUACACCCCAGUAUUGUUUUUGCGUGGCCCUGCUCAUUAAUAAGUACAAUGCUUAUUGAUUAUCCAAGGCAUUCCUCUGUUUCUCUUGCUUAUAUAUACAGAUGCAGGCAACUUAAUUCAGCAGUAGUGUCUCAAAAUCUACACACCAAGUUUGAACCUUUUCCUGAAUAUAUGAAAAUGUACAUUUCUAUAUGUUUUCCAGUGCUGUCCGUGUCCUAUAUGACAUCCAGGGUCCAUGUGUGUUGUGUAAUGCCUUGUAAAGGAAGGACCAGUCUGGUACAUGUGCAGGUAGUAAUAUGCAGUCCUUUGUUGUAACACAAGUCAUUAACUGUAAUACCAUUACAGACAAGUAUGGUGGAGGAUAUAUUAUUCAACUUUCAUGUCUAUGCACUUAACUAUUCGUAAUAGAUUUUUUUUUUUUUUUUUUCCUUUUAUUGCUGUCUCAGUGGCUAAAAUAGCGUCAUUGGUUUGAUGCAGAUCAAAAAACGUCAGUAAUCCGAAGCAUACAGUUCAAGGUAGUCUUCGGUAAAAUCCUCAAUUCAUCGUAUUGGCAGUUUCUUUGUCCUUUGCGUCCGGUUCUUUGCAUUGAUCUGGAGGUUUAAGAUUUUAUCAAACCACUCUGCAAACAAUAUGUUCACAACUCUAAGUUCACUGAAGGAAAAAAAGUGUCAUCCAAAACUACUAGAAUAGGUCUGCGCCUGAAUCACAGUAAUCUUUUUUUCUGUUCAAGGAUGUGCUGCAUGUGUCUUGCUUUGUGUGUGAGGUCUAACAGGUCAAGCAGAUUAGUGUUUGACAGAAUGGUGUGAUGCAAUGUUUUCAUUCCAAUAGUGUAGAUACACAUCAGUGCUGUUCCAUCCUCAGCAGUGUCUCUAUGACAACCCAUUCUCAAAAUAUUGUUGUUAAAUAAUUCAACCAUAUUAUCAUAGCUGAGUGGCACUCGUUUCUCUUUCCAGGUAUAAUGGCACUAAAGAUUAAACCUGUCUUACUAGUUAUUUUGUGCUCUUACUUUACUUUUCUGAAACAACCAAUACUUUUUCCAAAGUUAAAUUCAUUGCUACACUGUGUUGUUUGUUAAGUUGGUGAUUUCUGACACAUUCAGCCCCUUUGCCAUUGUGGGUUAUAUUUUGUUUACCAUGGAAUGCCUCAAUAUAUGUUUGUUUCUCUAUCUUGAUUUUAAUGGAUAUAAUGGCUUGUGAUUGUGUUGAACGGCCUUCCUUGUUAAUCUGAUUGUUGUUAUUUUGUAAUGUGUACGGUGAUUAACCCUGCUUGCAGCGGCUUCGAGCUUUACCAGAAAUAUAUAUGUAAAUAUUGUGAGCAAUAAAUAUGUGAAUAAUA